AUGGCUGUUGCGACCCGCAUGCCUAUCGACAAUCGUGGCAUCCGAGAUCCUCCAGGGCAGCCGAACCAAGUAGAGGCAGCUCGAGGAGCUGGCUACAUCCGCCAUGAUGCCGAUACGGAAGAUGCUGAAGCAAGGGGGAUGGUGGAGCAGCAUGCUGCGCAUCAUCACGCCAAUGGGGUUGGCCAGAUCACUUGGGAUGAGCCAGGAACGAAUAAUGAGCAAGUGGAUUUCAAGGGAGUGUAA